UCUCCUAACUCGCCGUUCUUCGAAAACUACUCUCACAAUGGCCAGAAACGGACCGAACGUCUACUUCGACAUGGCCAUCAACAACGUCCCCGCUGGCAGGAUAGUCUUUCGCCUCUUCGACUCGACCGUGCCACAUACCGCGCGGAACUUUCGUGAUCUGGCGACGGGCGAGCACGGUUUCGGAUACGAAGGCUCAAAGAUACACCGGAUAGUCCCUGAGUUCAUGAUCCAAGGCGGGGACAUCACGAAGGGCGACGGCACGGGAGGUCGGUCGAUCUACGGACAACCGUUCAGAGACGAGAACUUCGCGCUGCGCCAUAGCCGUCCCUGGCUACUCUCCAUGGGGAAUCGUGGACCCAACUCCAACACGUCGCAGUUCUUCAUCACGACUACACCCGCGCCGUGGUGUGAUGGCAAGAACGUCGUGUUCGGCGAGGUCGUGGAAGGCCAGGACGUCAUCUCGCGCAUCCAAAGCUUCGCUUCCGACGACAUCCUCCGCAAACCGAGCGUGCCGAUCGUCAUUAAGCGGUGCGGGACGUUAUGACCGGAGCCCUCAACACUGUUUAUUCUCUCGCGCUCAACUGUGCAUAACCUGAGGGCGAUCGCAGUUGCGUUCGGGUAGGCCGCACGCCGACUGUGGGAUCCGUUUUCUCUGACUUGGCAGUGAGAACCGGCGGACAUGGGUGUUUUGCUGCGUUGGUCCCCUCGGGCGGACCAGGGGUGUACAUCUACAGUAAUAAUACGGAGAGGCACGGUGGUAUCUACCUAUCUGCUACGACUUCCCGCGCGUUACAUACUAUUAGCCUUCUCUCUUUAAUGUGCAUAGCUUGCAUCGGUUGUAUACCCCGCAAUGGAUCGCU